AUAAAAUUGUUACUUCUUCUUCUUUCUUUCUCUCUCACAAUCAAAAUGGAAUUCUUCGAAAAAGCAGUGGCUGUUAGACUGAAAAGCCAUCUCGACAAAUAUCUCGUCGCCGGCGACGACCUCGAAACCGUCCGUCAAAGCCGCAGCUCCGCCUCAACACGCGCUGCACGGUGGCUGGUGGAGCAUGUCGAAUCAAACGAUCACGUCAUCCGUCUUAAAAGCUGUUACGGUCGUUACUUAACGGCGACCAAUACGCCUUUCUUCUUCGGCACGACGGGAAACAAAGUCGUCCAAUCGUUGACGAACAACACCAGAGAUCUAGCGAUUGAGUGGCAGCCGGUGAGGGACGGGUUUCAGUUCAAGCUGAAGUCGUUUGCCGGAACGUAUUUGAGGGCAAACGGAGCGGUGCCGCCGUGGAGGAACACCGUAUCGCAUGACGGAAGUUUUACGAGUUCAGCGAAUAAUUGGAUAUUAUGGGAUGUGGAGGCUGUAGAUGUAACGGAGGAUGAAGAAGAGGAUAAUAAUAAUCAUCUAUCGAUUGUUCCUUAUGUUUCAUCGGUCGCCGAUGAACUUUCCGGCCUGGAGCUCGGAUCGCCGAUACCGAUCCAAUCUCCCAGAUUCUAUCGUCGGAACCAUCAUCAUCAUGCCCUAUCAUUGAUGAGAAAACUUCCACAUUUCCGAUUGAACUUCUCCAUUAAGUUGAUCAAACCGAGGCAGUUGAUGCAACAACAACAACAACAACAAGAACAGGAAUAUUCCGGACCAUCGAUAAUGGAUCUCCUCCGCAACGCCAAAGCAGUCCGGCUGAGAAGCCACCACGGCAAGUUCCUCCACGCCGACGACGACCAGGAAUCCGUUUCCCAAAACCGCAGCGCCACCGCCCACAACAACAUCUGGACCAUCGAGUUCGUCAGCAAUACUCCCGACAACGUCACCAUCAUUCGCCUGAAAUCAUGCCACGACAAAUACUUAACAGCUUCCAACCACCAUUUCCUACUCGGAAUGACCGGGAAAAAAGUCCUCCAGACGGUCCCCAACCGCCUUGACUCGUCGGUGGAGUGGGAGCCCAUGGGGCAUGGGAAACAAGUGAAGCUCAAAACCAGAUACGGACAUUACUUACGUGCUAACGGCGGACUUCCGCCGUGGAGGAAUUCAGUCACGCAUGACAUCCCUCACCGGAGCGCCACCCAGGGUUGGAUCAAUUGGCAAAUCGACAUCGUCGACAUCCCACUCCAGUUGCCGGCGCCAACAUCGUCGACGACGCAAGUCGUUCCUCAUUCCGAUUCCAUUCCUUCCUCUGAACCCAACUCGCCGUCAACAAUCUGGUCAAAAUCCACAUCAUUCUGGAAUCAGGAGACGAUUGAUUGGCCAUUAAAGAGAGAAGAAGGGCGAGCGAUAUACUACCAUGUGAUCUCCGAGGAUUUGGGGGAAACCGAGGAAAACGAAAACACACAAGGGUUUUGCAUCAGUUUCAAAGGGAAAGAAGUGAACGAGUUGACUCGGACAUUGGAGCAAGAGACACGACUACACAACAUAACAGUGUGUUCUCAAAGUCCAUUAGAUGGUAAGCUUUACCCACUUCAAUUGCAGCUUCCUCCUAACAACGCCACCAUGAAAGUUGUCGUCGUUCAAAAUCCAUUCCAAGGUGAGAAAGAGAAACGACUUCGCUUAAGGCGUUGAAUUUGCUCCUCAAGUUUCCGACUGAAUACAACAAUAAACCAAUCAAGUUUGUUGUGAGUAUCUAACAGGUUAUUUACAAUGAAUUUGAUUGGAAUUGGUUGACAUGUCUGUGAGUGUGUGAGGGAGAUGAUGAUGAUGAUAGUAGCAUGUUGUAUAGAGUUCUCAAAAAAGAGGGUUUUUCAGGGUUAAUAUAAUAUAUAUAACAAGAAUAAUCUUAUGAAGGGUGUAGGUUGAAACUGAAGUUUCUGAGUUUGAAUUCCACAUUUUGAUCUGGUUCUCAGGUGUCUGAAAGAAAUAAGUGGGCUUUAACUUUUAAGUUGUACAAGUGGCCACCUAUUUGUAACCGUAGAUGGCUUGUUGUAAGUGAACAUUUGAAGUUAUGCUAUGAGAUGUGUUUUU